UAGACAAAUAUCACUCACGAUGCCCGAAGCAAUGAUGGCUCCCAGAGCCCUAAGUGGAGGCAAACACAAAGGAGGGGCGUACGUGGAUCGCGACAAGCCGGCCCAAAUCCGUUACAGCAACAUUUCUGCAGCAAAAGCUGUCGCUGAUGCCAUCAGGACCAGCCUGGGCCCAAAAGGGAUGGACAAGAUGAUCCAGGACGAGAAGGGUGAUGUCACCAUCACUAACGAUGGAGCCACCAUCCUGAAGAAGAUGCAGGUGUUGCACCCCGCAGCCAAGAUGCUGGUGGAGCUUUCCAAGGCGCAGGACGUAGAGGCUGGAGACGGCACCACUUCGGUGGUGGUGAUCGCAGGAGCUCUGCUGGACUCCUGCUCCAGGCUGCUGCAGAAAGGCAUCCACCCCACCAUCAUCUCGGAGUCCUUCCAGAAGGCGGUGGACCGCGGAGUCGUGAUCCUGACUGACAUGAGCUCCCCGGUGCUGCUGAGCGACCGCGAGACGCUGCUCAACAGCGCCACCACCUCUCUGUGCUCCAAGGUGGUGUCGCAGUACUCCAGCCUGCUGGCGCCCAUGAGCGUGGACGCCGUCAUGAGGGUGAUCGACCCCGCCACCGCCACCAGCGUGGACCUGCACGACAUCCUCGUGGUGAAGAAGCUCGGAGGGACCAUUGAUGACUGUGAGAUGGUGGAGGGCCUGGUUCUGACCCAGAGGGUGUGCACCAGCAUUACCCGCGUAGAGAAGGCCAAGAUCGGACUCAUCCAGUUCUGCCUCUCCCCUCCCAAGACCGACAUGGACAACCAGAUCGUGGUGUCUGACUACGCCCAGAUGGACCGGGUCCUGAGGGAGGAGAGGGCCUACAUCCUCAACCUGGUGAAGCAGGUCAAGAAGUCUGGCUGCAACGUCCUGCUCAUCCAGAAGUCCAUCCUCAGAGACGCCAUGAGUGACCUGGCGCUGCACUUCCUCAACAAGAUGAAGAUCAUGGUGGUGAAGGAGGUGGAGAGGGAGGAAAUCGAGUUCAUCUGCAAGACCAUCGGCACCAAGCCCAUCGCCCACAUUGACCAGUUCCUCCCUGAGAUGCUGGGCAGCGCUGAGCUGGCUGAGGAGGUGCACCUGGAUGGCUCCGGCAAGCUGGUCAAGAUCACAGGCUGCAGUAGCCCUGGGAAGACGGUGAGCAUCGUGGUGCGAGGCUCCAACAAGUUGGUCAUCGAGGAGGCAGAGCGCUCCAUCCACGACGCCCUGUGUGUGAUCCGCUGCCUGGUCAAGAAAAGAGCCCUGAUCGCUGGAGGCGGUGCCCCGGAGAUCGAGCUGGCACUGCGGCUGGCUGAGUACUCCCGCACCCUGGCGGGCAUGGAGGCCUACUGUGUGCGCGCAUACGCCGACGCCCUGGAGGUCAUCCCCUCUACACUGGCAGAGAACGCCGGCCUCAACCCAAUCUCCACGGUGACUGAGCUCCGCAACAGACACGCACAGGGGGAGAAGACGGCCGGCAUCAACGUCCGCAAGGGUGGGAUCUCCAACAUCCUGGAGGAGCUGGUGGUCCAGCCGCUGCUGGUCUCUAUCAGCGCCCUGACCCUCGCCACCGAGACCGUCCGCAGCAUCCUCAAGAUCGACGACGUGGUGAACACCCGAUAAGAGGACUGUUACUGAACUUGCUGAAGCCUGCUCGGACCCCAAGGAACCGAGAUCUGUUUGUCUUCACGUCCUCUUUAGUUGUUAUGUUCCAUAAUUAAAUUAAAACAACAGUUCUUUUUUGACACUC